CUCCCACCUUCUCUAUCCUCAAGAGCCGACGGAGAAGAUGAGGUUUCAAACUUCGGCUUCUGUGAAACUGUAACAUUAUUGUGAUCAGAGUUAUGAUAUCUAUACUGACUUUUUAGUCCAUCUCAUAACUCAUAAAUAUCAACAUUGCACCCUUGGCUUAACGAUACAUCAAGAUGUCUGUAUUGACAUGUCAUUCCACUAGGAUUUCUAGUUGUACAUUGCCAGCAACAAAAAGAAUUUCCAAUUCAGCUUGCUUAUCUUCCUUGGCAUCAAGUUUUAAUGGGAACUUAAAGCGGAAGUUGAAAAUUGCCUCUUUCACCCACUUAACAUAUGGCUAUGGUUCAGUGCAUAAAUAUUCAUUUGGAAGAACUAGCAGAAGCAAGGGCCAGAUUUUUGCUUCAUUUGGUGAUAUGGCAGGUGAUUCAACAGUUAUUUUCCCCAGGAUUAAUGUGAAGGACCCCUACAAGCGUCUUGGAAUCAGCAGGGAGGCAUCUGAAGAAGAAAUCCAAGCUGCAAGAAACUUUUUGAUAAAUCAAUAUGCUGGACAUAAACCAAGUGUUGAUGCAAUUGAAUCUGCUCAUGACAAGAUAAUUAUGCAGAGCUUUUAUGAGCGAAAAAACCCAAAAAUCAACUUGAAGAAAAAGUUCAGAGAAGCUAGUCAAUCACGUAUUGUUAGGGCUGUAACAAGUAGGUUUGAAUCUCCGGCGACAAACUUCAUAAUAAAGACUGCUGUUGCAUUCUUGGUGCUCGGAGCUCUCACUGUUCUAUUUCCAACCGAAGAAGGGCCAACACUUCAAGUUGCCAUUUCUCUUGUACUCUCCAUAUAUUUCAUUUAUCAGAGGCUUAAGGGUCGAGUCCGAGCACUUCUAUAUGGGAUUGGCGCAUUUUUUGGAUCAUGGCUUGUAGGCACAUUCCUUAUGGUGUCUGUAAUCCCACCUCUACUUAAAGGACCAAGAAGCUUCGAAGUGACCACGUCCCUCAUAAGCUACAUUCUUCUUUGGGUUUCUUCAACUUACUUGAAGUAAUUCUUCCGAUCAUACACCGCGGACCUUAUUUCUGAAUUUCUGAAAGUUUUGCAUGAAUGUGUGCUGCUUUUCAGUUUUGUUGCCUUUAUGAUACUGCAAAUUUUUUGGGAGAAAACAUGCAUGUGGUGGCACAACUUGUUCUUUAUAUCAAAGACAGAUUAUUGAAUCUAAUUCUUUGCUUGAUC